AUGCCGACGCCCGGCGUCGCUUUCCCGCGCGACACAUACAAUGUUGGAAUUAUCUGUGCGCUGGCGACGGAAAAAGCAGCAGCCGUUGCCAUACUCGACAAACGGCAUGAACGCCUGCCGCCGGCGCUGGGCGAUGUGAGCGACUACACAUUCGGCACGAUCGGCGCGCAUCGGGUGGUCAUCGCCUGCCUCCCAGCCGGCAUGAAAGGCAAAGCGUCGGCUGCGGUAGUGGCCCAGGACAUGAUGCGCAGCUUCUCGAUCCGCAUCGGCUUGAUGGUAGGCAUCGCCGGGGGAGUGUGGAGCGAAGAUGUGGAUGUGCGGCUUGGGGACGUGAUCGUAAGCCAGCCUACCGGACAACAUGGCGGAGUGGUGCAAUUUGAUUUUGGCAAGACGGAGGCCGGUGGUUCUUCCCGGCGAACCGGCACACUCAACAAGCCGCCGCGCGAGCUCUUAAGCGCACUGCAAGGUCUGCAGGCGGAGCACCUGCUGCGACGCCCUGAAUUAGAGCAGCACUUGGCGAAGAUGCUGUCCGAAUACCCAGCGAUGGAGGACGAGGGGUUCGUCCGCCCUGGGAACGACCGCGACGAGCUCUUCGAAGCCGACUACGAUCACGAAAGCGGCAAGACAUGCAAGAACUGCGACCGUUCGCGCGUGGUGCAGCGGGAUGAACGCCUGCACCACCGACCGCGCGUGCAUUACGGCAACAUUGCGUCAGGUGACCAAGUAAUGAAGGAUGGGCGCACGCGAGAUCGAAUCGCGCAGCAGGAAGAAGUGAUCUGCUUCGAGAUGGAAGCAGCAGGCUUAAUGGACUCGUUUCCGUGUCUCGUGAUUCGCGGCGUUUGCGAUUAUGCCGACUCGCAUAAGAACAAGCGGUGGCAGCCUUACGCGGCCGCGACGGCAGCAGCGUAUGCACGAGAGUUUCUACUAUGGAUGCCUGCGACAGAGGUCGCCAAGAUUCGGCCUGCCCUCGAAGCGACAGAUGCCAAUUCUAUAAGCGUAGUGUACAUUCCGUUGCCUAAGAACCAUCAAUUCAUCGGCCGACAACGUGCCCUCGAGACACUCCAUCAGAAGCUCUUCACAGCUCGAGAUUGCCAAAAGCUAGCCGUAGUCGGCCUCGGCGGUAUCGGAAAGACGCAAGUCGUGCUAAGCUUUGCGUAUACCGUGAUGGAACAGCAACGCGAUGUGUCGAUCUUCUGGGUGCCUGCUGUAAGCGCAGAGACUUUCGAGCGUGCGAUGAGAGAGAUUGCAAAGAAGCUCGGGAUACGAACAGCAGCAGACAAGAAUGAAGAGGUCAAAGAAGUUGUGAAGGCAUACUUAAGCGGACCGCAGGCAGGCAAGUGGCUGCUGAUCGUCGACAAUGCCGAUGACAUGCAUGUUGUGGAAAAGCUGCUGCCGUACCUGCCGUACAGUGCUGAUGGCUCGGUGAUCUUCACGACGCGGACGACAGCGGUCGCGCAGCAGCUGGUCGGUAGCAACACCAUUGAGCUGGUAAAGUUGCAGCCGGACGAGGCGAACCAACUGCUGACGCACGCAUUGAACCGCAAGGAGUUCUUGCAGGAGACAAGUGUAGUGACCGAUUUCUUCGAAGAGCUGGACUAUGUUCCACUCGCAAUCACGCAAGCAGCGGCGUACCUGAACAUUAACACCAACCUGUCGAUCGCCGAAUAUUUGAGACUGAUUCGAGGCACCGACGACGACAAGGCAUGUCUCCUGAGCAAGGAGAUCCGCGAUCAUACGCGCUACGAGCAAUCGAGCAACGCAAUUGCACGGACAUGGAUAGUGUCCUUUGAGCAGAUUCAAGAACGGGAUUCGGAAGCGGCGGACCUUUUGCGGUUCAUAGCAUGCAUUGAAUGGAAGGACAUCCCUCACUCGAUUCUUCCUCCAAUAGUACCGGAGGCGCGAAUGCUCGAAGCGAUCGGUACACUCUCUUCAUAUGCAUUUGUCAGCAAGCGGACAGAUGGGAUGGCCUACGAAAUGCACCGGCUCGUCCAUCUGGCGUGCUGGAUAUGGCUGCGCGAAAAUGGCAAGUUGCACGAUACACAGCUGCGGGUAGUCGCGCAUUUGGCGGCGAUCUUUCCGACGGCCGAAAACCAUCGCAAUCGUGCAACGUGGCGAGCAUAUACGCCGCACGCGGCGCGAGUGCGGAAGCAGCACGAGCAUGACGGUUGUGGUGUCGAGGCGAGGGAAGCGAGCCAGCUUUACUACAACGUCGGGUGCUGUCUGCAAGUAGAUGGAAGAAUAAAGGAAGCACUGCAGUGGCUGCAUCACUCGUGCCGCUUCCGGGCGGCGCUCGCGGAGGAUCAUCCGGACCGGCUCGAGUCGCAGUGGGUACUAGCAUUAGCACAUAUAGCGAACGGGCAGACGAAGGAAGCAAUUCAUAUGCUAGAGCAGGUCGUUACGAUUGAGAAGACAUCGCUCGCGGAGGAUCAUCCGGACCGGCUCGCGUCACAGUACGCACUAGCUAGAGCAUAUGAAGCGAACGGGCAGACGAAGGAAGCAAUUCAGAUAAUAGAGCAGGUCAUUACGAUCCAGAAGAAGACAUCGCUCGCGGAGGAUCAUCCGUCACGGCUCGUAUCGCAGCUCGAACUAGCCCUAGCAUAUCGAGCGAACAGGCAGACGAAGGAGGGAAUCCAGCUGCUAGAGCAGGUCGUUACGAUCUAUAAGGAGACAUCGCUCGCGGAGGAACAUCCGUCACGGAUCGUAUCGCAGUACGAACUAGCCCUAGCAUAUGGAGCGAACGGGCAGACGAAGGAGGCGAUCUAUCUACUAGAGCAGAUCGUUACGAUUCAGAAGACAUCGCUCGCGGAGGAUCAUCCGGACCGGCUCGCGUCGCAGUACGCACUAGUAAUGGCAUAUAUAGAGAACGGGCAGACGAAGGAGGGGAUUCAGUUACUAGACCAUAUUGUUACGAUCUAG